CAUUCUUCGAACUGUUCCGGCCCUGUGACACACCCCACCCUCCCCGAAUUGGAAGCUCACUCCUGCCGAAAUUUUUAAGUUGAAAACAAUACACUUGAAAAAAUCGUAACGUAUGUCCUGACUAGAGUUGUCCGGUCGAGUGGAGGGGAGACUACCUACCGGAUUUUAACAUUUCGCAUUUCUUCUCCGGGUUGCGGUGAUGUCAGUGUUGUGUGAGUGUAUCGUGUGAAAUGUAUCAACGAUAAGUAAGCUGGGCCCACUUCCGGCAUUAAUUGGUGCCAUUCAACGACAUUGAAAAGGCAUUCUCUUCGCUAUCUGUGUCGUUAGAAACAUGCGAUUGUUUAUCGAUUGUCGGGGAGAGAAUGGCAUGCAAGCGGGAAAAACCACAAUGAUUUUUUGUUCCCUCAAACGUGACGGUUUUUCAAAUUUUCAUGACGGCGUUUUACCCAAUUAAACCGACAAUUAAUUACGGACUUCCCCCACUUUCAAACCGAAAUAAAAAUGUUUAUUGUAGCGACGAUUAAAUUUAACACUUGUUGACACUGAUUUAACCUUAAUUCCAAUAAAUACAAACUUGUCUCAAUUAAAACUGAUUGAUUUGUUAUUUAGUGAAAAAAACUAAACUAUGUAUGCAACCAGUAAAACACUAUUUUUUUAAGGUUGUGAAAAGUCUUUAAAUUCAAAUGUUUUUAUUUAUCUCGAAAUCGCGUGAAAUUCUUUCGUUUGUUAAUCACGACAUUCGAAUAUCAGUCAGGUAAUGACGUAACGUUGCGUCAAACUUUCGGGUAAGUACAGGCAUACCAACGCAAAACAGCGUUAAUUAUGUCCUGAUGGAAAUUAGAUGCGGGAUUGUUUGAGACUCAAAGAGACCUCCGCAUUGUCUCACUCGCAUUCAAACAUCAAAUUAAAUGAUUUUACAACACCAAACCGGGAUUUGAAGCAAAGUUGGAUGUUCCUGUGUUACUGGGAGUUUCUUUUAUGUUACUACCCACGUUUUACGCGGUUACAAAGUAACCGAAGCGGGAGUUUCGAGUUUAUUGCUUUACGGAAGUGAUAUUUUAAACUUGAACGUUUCACUUUGUUUGUUUUAAAGAACAUAAAAUGUGGGAUUUUGUUGCAAACAUGUGAAAUUCACGAAAAAAAAAUUAUUUGUUUUGAUUUAAAUAAGUUUGUUUAUCUUGAAAUCGCGUGAAAUUCUUUCGUUUUAAGCAAAAACGCGUGAAGUGUAAUAAAUGUGCGAGGUUUGUUUUCAUAAAAGAAUGCUUUAAAUUGUUUGGUCGAUUCAUUUUCUUGGAAAUUUUUAAUGUAUACGGUUGAUACUCUGAUCUGUUGCUGGGUGAUCCAAAAUGACCGUUUCAGUUGGCAACACUACUUCCGUCUUUCUCUUAGUCAUUUUUCAGCAGCAAUAGUGGCAAAAAUAACUCAGUUUUAGGGUUGAAUGAAACCAGAUGUUUUUAUAGUGUGGUUUGCUACUGGAACAGUUGGUUUAAAAUAAAGUCCCCAGUUAUUUUAUUUACAACUCUAAAUAUCCCUAGUUAGUUAAACUUCAGCUGUUUUUAUUUCUACUUGAAAAACCUUGAAAAACUUCAGACCCUCGAGAUUUACUCCCGUUUGUUUGUUUCCCUCAAACAUUUUUUCUCUUUGACCUAUCCGUUCGAUUUUGUGGAUGCGCCGGGCACUCCGAUAAUUAUUUCGCAACGUUUCGUCUGAUUAAAUCCGUCUUCAGUCAAUAUCUCUCCGUGAAAAUUUCAUUUCCUUUGCGAUAUCAAACCGGCAGACUUAAUCACGCCUCUCGGGAGAAAGCAUCUGCAGUGAUUAGGAAAAAAUACCGGAGGGAGGGAUGAAUACGAUUACUUAGAGAAAAAAAUUAACAUCAUUACACGAACUUUCCGCAUUUUAAUGACCGAUCAUGAAUUAUUAAUGAGUGCUAAUUUAAAACCAGAAAUUGAAAAAAAUGCGAAUUGAUUUUUCAGCAGGACGUGAUCGCGUGUCAAUAUGGAAAAUUAAGUUUUUAAGGUUGGCAGAGCGUGUGUAAAGUUUGACAAGUGGUACCAACGUAACCUUGUGCAAGUCAAGCGAUUAAUUAAUAGGAAUUUGCAUCAAAUUCCGGCCUUUCAUAGUUUUCUUGUCUCGUUCCGGAAUUAGCGUUUGUUGGAAAUUAAUGAGAUGGUCUGUAAGCAAUUUUGCAUGUAACUGUCAUUGACGAACAAAAGCGGAAUAAAUUGCUUUGCAGUAUCGGCAACUUGACGAAAAAAACAAGUGUGGACAAAGGAUCAAAUUUUUUAAAUUGCUUUCAGCAUGUGCGAUUGUAUCGACAAGUUUUCAAAACACGCAAAAAACUAAUUAAAAAAGUAUUACUCAUUUGCGUAAUGCCAACCUUGAAAUACAAAACUUGGAGCUUCUGACACAAUGACGUAAAGUUUUGACACCACUUGUGUUUUGUAAAGUUCUACAUGAAAAUAUUUGAGGAUGCUUUGUUCCAUACAAACUAGGUAAGGGUGGGUGAUGCCCGGCUGGUAUAGCUCCGGCACCCUCUACAAGGGGUUGUUCUUCUUGGUACUUAUUCUGCUGGCGCUCGAAUACCUCUUCGGAUCGAUCACCGAGACGAAACAUUUCUUCAUUUUUAACGCCACAAGGGAGUCAACCCCGGAAAUCUUUCAACGUUUUUUCCGGACAACUGUAUACAGGGUGCGCCAGAACUCGCGCCCCAGAGAAAAUUUUCAAGUAAGGAUUCCGCACCAGGAAAAGGUGGUCCAACACAGCCCCCUUGUCUCCACAUUCCAUCUAAAGAAGACCACCAAAAGUCCUCCAGUGUUCAACAUCACCGAAAUCCCCUCAACAAAUAAUUCUGAAUCCGUCGAAAGCGAAAACAUCAACGCAACGGCCUUGCCUCCCUGUCCCGACGUCACCAACAACCUUCGUGGGAGGAUCGAAGUGCUGAAAUCUCCCGUUCCGAGCGUUCAGGAGUUGGAGACGAGGUUCUCCUGGCUGAAACCGGGAGGACAUUGGGCGCCGGAAACGUGUAAAGUCCCCAAAAGUGUGGCGGUGAUUAUACCGUUCAGGUGUCGGGGGGAACACCUCCUGCUUUUUCUCCAGCACAUGCAUCCGUUUUUGAAAAGACAGCAACUCGAUUAUACGAUUUAUAUAGUCGAGCAAGAUGGCGACGGGCCCUUCAAUCGUGCCAUGUUAAUGAAUAUUGGGUUCAAAGAGGCGCUCAAAAUACGAAAUUAUGAUUGUUUUAUCUUUCACGAUAUUGAUUUGUUGCCGGAAGACGACCGGAAUUUGUACACGUGUCCGCCGGGGCAGCCAAGGCACAUGAGCGUCGCGGUGGACAUUUUCAAGUAUAGGUUGCCAUACCCCGCCAUUUUCGGCGGAGUAUCAGCGAUAAAUAGGGAACAUUUUGAGUUGUUGAACGGCUUUUCCAACUCGUUUUGGGGUUGGGGAGGCGAAGACGACGACAUGUCGAAUAGGAUUAGGUAUCAUAAUUUGUAUAUCUCUCGAUAUCCGUUGACAAUAGCAAGAUACACGAUGUUGACGCACAAAAAGGACAAGCCGAGUCCUAACAGAUAUGACAUGCUGAAGCAAGGACCCAAACGCUUCGACAAAGACGGACUCAACAGUUUAGAUUAUAAACUAAUCCAAAGUAAAAAGAAUCUCUUAUACACUUGGUUUUUAGUAGGGAUCGACCCGCCGAGGUGAUGAAGUUACAUUUCUUCGUUUUUUCAUUAUUUCGGUUGAUUUGUACUUAAAUGAGUUCCUUUAAAUGUAAUUUUUGUUUUAUUUAUUGAGACAGACAUCGAGGGACUUGUCUGAAUUCAAAAGUGAUAAUAGAUUUUAAAACGAAACAUUCCACCCAAACGAUUCGAAUUUUUUCUAGUCAUUACAUUCCUUACUAGAAUUCUAUCUAUUAAGAAAACCGCUUAAAUGUAAGCAAGCGACUUAAGUAGUCUUCCAUGUUUUGUUCGGCUUAGAUUCAAGCGGUUGGGUGGCUUUUUGUAGAGUUUCAAGGUCGAGUAGGAAGAGUGCCAUUUCCCCACCAUACCACUGGCGACUUUACUACUCAGACCACAGCUUGCUUGAUUUAUAAACGAAUCUAGGAAGCUGUGCCUCAAAUACAUAAUAAUCUAACGAGUGAGAUUUUAGAGAUAGAGUAGGUGCCAAAACGUACCAAAAUCACUCAUUACUUAAUUUAGGCCUAGUUUCGUUGCGAUUUUGUGGCUGUGAUUCCCUUUUCUUAAUCACUCAUAUCUCGUAGUAAUACGUAAUUACCUGCUUAUUUUUCGAGGCGAGAAUUUCAAAAUGCAACCGUCUCGGUUUUUGCGUUCUGUUAAAUGUUCUGUCAAUUGAAAAGAUCAUAUUUUGACUGUAUGUAUAUAUUUUUAAGUAAAACCAAUGUGAUAUAUAAGAAAAAUAAAGAUUUUUUAAUAAGA